AUGGACAAGAUCGUGCAGCAGAUCACAGUUACACAAUCUGCUGAGCCGCAACGUGCAUGCGGUGCUGAGCCUCAGCAACGUGCAUGCGGUGCUGUGGCUCAGCAACGUGCAUGCGGUGCUGAGCCUCAGCAACGUGCAUGCGGUGCUGAGCCUCAGCAACGUGCAUGCGGUGCUGAGCCUCAGCAACGUGCAUGCGGUGCUGAGCCUCAGCAACGUGCAUGCGGUGCUGAGCCUCAGCAACGUGCAUGCGGUGCUGAGCCUCAGCAACGUGCAUGCGGUGCUGAGCCUCAGCAACGUGCAUGCGGUGCUGUGGCUCAGCAACGUGCAUGCGGUGCUGAGCCUCAGCAACGUGCAUGCGGUGCUGUGGCUCAGCAACGUGCAUGCGAAAAGAGAGCCCCACCUCAGAGAAAAGAGAGCCCCACCCCAGAGAAAAAGAGAGCCCCCACCCCCGAGAAAAAGAGAGCCCCCACCCCAGAGAAAAGAGAGCCCCACCCCAGAGAAAAAGAGAGCCCCCACCUCAGAGAAAAAGAGAGCCCCCACCUCAGAAAAAGAGAGCCCCACCCCAGAGAAAAAGAGAGCCCCCAUCCCAGAGAAAAGAGAGCCCCACCCCAGAGAAAAGAGAGCCCCCCACCUCAGAAGAAAGAAAGCCCCCACCCCAGAGAAAAAGAGAGCCCCCACCUCAGAGAAAAAGAGAGCCCCCACCCCAGAGAAAAAGAGAGCCCACACACCAGAGAAAAGAGAGCCCACCCCAGAGAAAAGAGAGCCCCCACUCCAGAGAAAAGAGAGCCCCCACCCCAGAGAAAAGAGAGCCCCCACCCCAGAGGAAAGGAGCCCACACCCCAGAGAAAAGAGAGCCCCCACCCCAGAGGAAAAGAGCCCCCACCCCAGAGAAAAGAGAGCCCCACCCCAGAGAAAAAAAGAGCCCCCACCCCAGAGAAAAGAGAGCCCCACCCCAGAGAAAAAGAGUCCCCACCUAACAGCAAAAGGAGCCCCACGCCCGAAGAAAAAGAGCCCCCACCCCAGAGAAAAAGAGAGCCCCCACCUCAGAGAAAAAGAGAGCCCCCACCCCAGAGAAAAAGAGAGCCCCCACACCAGAGAAAAGAGAGCCCCACCCCAGAGAAAAGAGAGCCCCCACUCCAGAGAAAAGAGAGCCCCCACCCCAGAGAAAAAGAGCCCCCACCCCAGAGAAAAAGAGCUCCCACCCCAGAGAAAAAAAGAGCCCCCACCCCAGAGAAAAGAGAGCCCCACCCCAGAGAAGAAGAGUCCCCACCCAACAGCAAAAGGAGCCCCACGCCCGAAGAAAAAGAGCCCCACCCCGGAGUAAAAGAGCCCACCCCAGAGAAAAAGAGCCCCCACCCCAGAGAAAAAGAGAGCCCCCACCUCAGAGAAAAAGAGAGCCCCCACCCCAGAGAAAAAGAGAGCCCCCACACCAGAGAAAAGAGAGCGCCCACCCUAGAGAAAAGAGAGCCCCCACCCCAGAGGAAAAGAGCCCCCACCCCAGAGAAAAGAGAGCCCCACCCCAGAGAAAAAAAGAGCCCCCACCCCAGAGGAAAAGAGCCACCACCCCAGAGAAAAGAGAGCCCCACCCCAGAGAAAAAGAGUCCCCACCCAACAGCAAAAGGAGCCCCACGCCCGAAGAAAAAGAGCCCCACCCCGGAGUAA